AUGUACCGCACCUGGCUGCUUGUUCAGGCCGUUGUCUGGCGCGCCCUGAUGCGUGUGGGCAUGCUGCUGCACGACCUGACAUCCCCUCGCCCGCCUCGCCCGGCCUUUACCCGUACGAUUCCGUUUGCCUCCUCCUGCUCCCGCCGGGUCGUCCUGCACUUCUACUGCCCGCCAGAGUACCAGAAGCGCGUGCAGGAGGGCCACCGAUUCCCCGUGGUCGUCAACUUCCAUGGCGGGGGCUUCACGCUGGGCAGUCCGACCGACGACAGCCGCUGGGCCAUGUGUAUCCUCAACGAGACCGCCGCCGUGGUCGUCAGCGUGGGUUACCGCCGUGCUCCUGAGCACCCGUUCCCUGCGGCCGUCGACGACGGGGUCGAUGCCCUGCUAUACCUGGCCGAGCAUGCGGCCGAGCUGGGACUGGAUGUGUCGCGGGUUGCCCUCAGCGGGUUCUCAGCGGGAGGCAAUCUGGCCGUCACGCGGCUGGUCGACUCCUCCUCCUCCUCCUCGGUCGACGUCGACAGCCUGCGCAUCGUCGCCAUCUUCUCCUGGUACCCAAUCCUGGACUUUGAGCAGUCGCGCGACCACCGCCGCGCGAUGAGCAUCAUGCCGGACAAGACGCUGCCCGCCUUCCUCACCACGCUCUUCGACGACUCGUAUCUACCAGACCAUCAAGAUCGCACGUCGCCCUUCGCCUCGCCUGCCCUCGCCCAGGACGACAUGCUCGCCGACUCCCUGCCGCCAGAGGUCUUCCUGUAUGUGUGUGAGUGGGACAUGCUGCUCAACGAGGGCCAGCAGUUUGUACGCCGCCUGCAACGCCUGGGCAAGAAGGUCCGCGCCAUGAUGAUCGAGAAGGCGCCCCAUGCCUGGGACAAGUCGCCCAAUCCCUUCCGCGACCAGGACCGCGUCAAUGUUCUGUACCGCGAUGCCUGUGCCGACAUGAAGGUCAUUUUUGAGAAAUAA